UUCCAUCUCUAUAUAUUGGAGACAUAAAGCUCUCUGUUUAUUCGGCUAACAUCAGCCGUUUGUGGAGAAGAAAAGUUUUUUUCUUCGUGCCUAUUUUAAUCUGGAAGUCAGAUUGUGCGCGUAAGCGCGUGGGAUGGAUGUGGGUGGAGGAGGGUCUAGAUGGGCCAGCCAGUGUGCGUGGGUGUGGGUUGAGGCUUCUGGGCUGGGUCCCCUGACACCCUUGGGGCCCCAGGAAACUCCCACCACACAUUUGUCGGGGUUGGUGUGCAGGCUCCCCCUCCUGACGUCAUGUCUGGAGGCUGGCUGCUCGCGCUGCUGCUCGAGCUGCGGACACCGUCUACCUCCAACUGAGAAACUUUCCUGGAGUUCUCCGCUUCUUCAGACCGCAGACCGAGUCCAAAUCCAGGCAGAGAGGGGUCCGCCGCAGCGCGGAACUGACGGGUCGGUUUUUCUUUGCUUCGGGACUUCAGGAUUGAGCUGGAAACCUUCAGGAAUAUGUUCGGGAAUAUCCAAGUUUUCCAAACUAGUAAGAAGUGAGAGGAUUAUCUGACAGGACCUGGACCUGGUUUCUUUCUUUCUGUUCCUCUUCAUUAAACUUUAUUUUCUGUUGGUUCUGGACAUGGCCCAGAUCGGAUUGGGCCUCUUCCUGUCCCUGUGUCUCUGGUCCGGUUCUGUCCCGGCGGAGCGGCAGCACGGUCGCGGCGGGAUCAGGAAGCUGUACGUGCUGCAGUCCGGACCGGGACCGGCUGGAGCGGACGGCGCGGUGCGGGUCAGCUCUAUCUCGACGCGGCACGGCCCGGCCGGCCAGCCGCUGGCCUACAACCUAGAACUCAGCGCCAACCUCGGCGGCCCGGUUCGGACGCGCAGGAUGGGGAACCAGGCGGCUACAGUCCCGCAGAGUGGACCGGAGCAGGGCCAGCAGCUGUCCGGGGUGAAUGUGUGUGGAGGGCAGUGCUGCCAUGGAUGGAGUAAAAGUCCAGGAUCACAGCGGUGCACCAAGCCCAACUGCAUCCCCCAGUGCCAGAAUGGAGGAAUGUGCCUGAAGCCUCGGCUCUGUGUCUGCAAACCGGACUUCAAGGGGACGGCAUGUGAACAGAAAACCACACACUCACAUCCAGCUCUGCCAGGGAAUGGACACACUGACGGUCACACCACAGGCCAUGUAAACGGGCACACCAGUGCAACCGGUGUUGUACCCCAGCAGCCCAUACCGCAACAUGUUCAGCCGAUUGGCUAUCCCUCUGCCCCGUAUUCACCUAGCAGCAUGGCCCAGAUGAAAGUGACGGUCAAGGCGGCACCCCAGUUUAUGCGGCCUCAUUACAUCCAACAGCACAUCCAGCAACAGAUUCGGCCCAUUCACCCUGGACAGAACCAGCAGUACCUCAUAAAGCCCAAAUACUACCACACACACACCACACACACGCAGACGCUUGUCCAGCCCCAACCCGAGAGGCCGAUCCCCCUGACAGUGGGUCACAACCCCGUCCACGUGGGCAAUCACACCGGAAGGAUUAAGGUGGUCUUCACACCUACCAUUUGCAAAGUCACCUGCAUAGGAAGCAGAUGUCAAAACAACUGUGAGAAAGGAAACACCACUACCAUCAUCAGUGAAAACGGCCACGCCACAGAUACGCUGACAGCACCCAACUUUAGAGUCGUUGUGUGUCACCUGCCGUGUAUAAAUGGCGGUAAGUGCAGUGCCCGGGACAAGUGUCAGUGUCCUCCAAACUUUGCUGGAAAAUUCUGCCAGAUGCCAAUUCACAGCGGACAUCAACAGACAUCAGGAGGCUACAGCCAGACUCAGGUUCACUCCACACACACCCUGCCUCUGACCUACAGCAACGGCCAAACCUCUGUAUACAGUCCGGGCAUCGUCAACAUCCACAUCAAACAUCCUCCAGAAGCCUCCGUUCAGGUCCACCAAGUCUCUCAGCUAGAUGAUUACCAUAACAACCAGCAGAAAGGCUCCUCAUCCUCCACCAGCUACAGCUACCAUCACACAGAGAGCAACCAGAAAAUUCAGCGCCACGGCUACAACGUAGUUUAUCCCAACCAGCAUGGCUACCAGGUUCCUCAGUACCAACCCGUCACCUCCAAGAACAUGCUGGGUCGCUGCUUCCAGGAGACGGCUGCUGGUCAGUGUGGGAAGGGGAAGGCCCUGCCAGUCCUCACCAAGCAGGAGCAGUGCUGUGGGACCAUAGGGACCUCCUGGGGCUUUAACAAAUGCCAGAAAUGUCCGAAGAGAUCAUCCAUCCCCCUGAUAGAUUGUCCUCAAGGAUACAAGAAAGUCAACACUUCCCAUUGCCAAGAUUUAGACGAGUGCCAGCUGCAGGGUCUGUGUCCUAAUGGAAACUGUGUGAACACGGUGGGCAGCUACAGGUGUAUGUGUAACCCUGGCUUCAUCCCGGACCCUACACUCAGCACAUGCAUCUCCAAUACACCUGCCGUCCAGGAGGAAAAAGGGGCUUGCUUCCGUUUGGUCAGCUCAGGGAGGCAGUGUUUGCACCCUGUGUCUGCCCAACUGAGCAAACAGCUGUGCUGCUGCAGUGUGGGCAAAGCCUGGGGUCCUCGUUGUGACAAAUGCCCCCCUCCAGGAACAGCCAAGUUCAAAGAAAUCUGCCCUGGUGGAAUGGGCUACACUGUUCUACCAAAUCCUCCAGUGAAUAAGCCUGUUCACCAGGAGCCCGUUGACUUGUUACCCCCACAACCCCUGCCAACACCAGAGAGACCAGUGGAGGCUUUUGGGAAACAAGAGGAGAUCCAACCAGUAGCAACAGGUGCUCCGGCUCAGGAUCUGCUAGUUCCUGUGGUUAGCAUUUUACCUGUAACUGAACCUUCCCUGCCACAGCUUCCUGCAGGUGUAUCUACUGUCAAGAUGGAGCCAGUCUCUCCAGUAGUUGAGAAGACUUCUCCUCCUGCUCCGGUGGAGAUCCUGCCAUCCAACGCUGGACAGGACGUCGCUCCCACUCAGUCAGCCGAGGUGGAUGAAUGCCAGAUCAACCCCUACAUCUGUGGGCCAGGGAUCUGCUACAACACGGCCGACAGCUACACCUGCCACUGCGAUGAGGGAUACCAGCUGGAUGGCAGCACAUCCACCUGCGUAGAUACAGACGAGUGCCAGGAUGAGCAGGUCUGUGUCAGAGGUCACUGCCUGAACACUGAAGGCUCUUUCAUCUGUCAUUGUGGUCCUGGAUUCAGAGUAUCACCCAGCAGAGAUCAGUGUGAUGAUGUGGACGAGUGUGUGGAGGACAUCCGUGCAUGUGAGGCUGUAGGAGAGUGUGUGAACAACAUGGGCUCCUACACCUGUUCCUGUCCUGACGGGUACCGGCAGGUCGACGGCAUCAGCUGCAGAGAUGUGGAUGAGUGCGUAGACGAAGCCGAUCUGUGCUCGCCUCAUGGCAGCUGUCUGAACACAGAGGGGUCCUAUCUGUGUGUGUGUGACAGCGGAUUCACCGCCAGCCUCGACACGCCCUCCUGUGACGACAUAGAUGAGUGUGGGCUGAACGAGACUCGGUGUGGACCUCAUGGUUUCUGUGAGAACCGUCUGGGCUCGUUCCGUUGUCUCUGUGACCAGGGCUACCAGGAGUCCCAGGACGGUCACAGCUGCGAGGAUGCGAACGAGUGUGAGAUGCUGAGCGGAGUGUGUGGCGAGGCCGAGUGUGUCAACGUGGACGGCUCCUUCCUCUGCUCGUGUCCCAGUGGCCAGGACUACAACAACAUGAUUGCCAAGUGUGAGGCCACGCCCACAGCCUCGUCAGUGGAGAGGAAGGAGUGCUACUACCGUCUGAGUGAUGAGAACCUGUGUGAGAGUGUGCUGACCACCCAGGUCACCCUGCAGGAGUGCUGCUGCACUCUGGGAGCCGGCUGGGGGGACAACUGUGAGGUCUAUCCUUGUCCUGUCAACGGUACAGACCAGUUCAGCCAGAUGUGUCCGUCUGGAAGAGGCUUUAUCCCCAGCGGAGAUGUGCUGUAUGGAAUCCCGACUUCUGCCAGCUACAACGAUGCAGAUGAAUGCUCACUCUUUGGACAGGAGGUGUGUAAAGGAGGCUUCUGCCUGAACACCGAGGGCAGCUACGAGUGUUACUGCAAGGUCGGGUGGGACUACGACCCGGUCAGCAUGGAGUGCAGAGACAUCAACGAGUGUUUGGAUGAGUCCAUGUGUGAUGGUGGGCACUGUGUGAACACUGACGGCUCCUUCAUGUGUUUCUGUACCCAUCCCAUGGUGCUGGACCCCACCAGGAAGCACUGCAUCCUGGAGCCUGGUCUGAUUGAGGAUCAUGAGGAGCAGAUGGACUAUCAGGGUAUCUGCUGGCAGACGGUGACUGACACCAUGGCGUGCACCCAGCCCCUUGGCCCAGACCAGAAGACCACCUACACCGAGUGCUGCUGCCUGUAUGGAGAGGCCUGGGGCAUGGACUGUGCCCUGUGUCCCCGCAGAAACACAGAGCACUACGCCGCCAUGUGUAAUCUUCCUGUGGGCGAGGAGCGGCGGUCGUAUGGUCGCGAUGCCCUCAUUGCCGGUCCGGUCCAUGAAUACGAAGUGGGCCCAGACUAUCCUCAGCCCAUCCCAGCGUUUUCUGAGGAGGAAGAGCGCCCAUUCAAGGCGUUUGAAGGCCUGCAAGCCGAGGAGUGUGGGAUCCUGAAUGGCUGCGAGAACGGUCGUUGUGUCCGGGUCCAGGAGGGCUACACCUGCGACUGCUUUGACGGAUACACCCUCGACCUGUCCCUCAUGGCAUGCAUUGAUGUGAAUGAGUGUUCAGAGCUGAACACUCGGAUGUCUCUGUGUAAAAACGCUAAAUGCAUCAACACAGUGGGCUCCUAUCGGUGUGUGUGCCUGCCGGGCUUCAGACCCUCCGACAGACCCAACUACUGCGUGGAGGAAACACAGCAAGCAUCCAGAAACACAAAAUGAGCACGGACGGAUACCAAAACCACAAACACUCACCUGCAGGACGUCUGCUGACGACACUCAGUCAGCAGAACCGGAUCAGACCAUAUCUGACAGUCCUGACCGGACCUGGAGGAACUCAGUCCAAAUCGCACCUGACAGCACAGCCAAAUUUCAGUCUGUUAUGUUCACUUCUUCUAUCAUGGUGCUUACUUUUUUACAUUAUUCCAUAUUGAAAGAGACAUUUGGCCCCAGGAAUCCAGAUUUUUCUCCGGUUUUUCUGAACUUUCUGGUCCAAAUAAAACAAAAAGAUGAAAACUCGAAGAUGAUGAUGUCACGAUGACAUCAUGGUAACUACAUCCGUCUCUUAUAGCAGUCUACUGAAAGUUAAUGAAUCCAUUAACAGAAUUAUGUUAGGCUUUUAAAAACCACUGCAGUAUCCAGAGCAGUAAAUCUAUGCCACAGCUGGGUUUUAGUGAGCUGGACCCAGGUUCUGGACCGUCCAGACCCCAUGGACCUGCUUCCAGGUUUCCAUCAGAUCUCAGCAUUUACUGAAACUCUGAUGGGACUUUUAGUUUGUGUUCUGGUGUUUUGUGAAGAUGAUGAAUGCUGGGAUGAAGCUUCUGAUCCCUGAGAGGAUGCCUCGCCCUGAAAACACACUUACAUGAUCAAAGCCAACAUAUUCUGCACUGUAUGACAUGAAACACAUCGUAAAUUACUUGAUAAAGAUUCAGAUUUAUCUAAUACUUGGGGGAUUAAAACACACUCUUGUAUAAAAUGUAUGUUUUGUCUGUUUCUUUGUUAUUUUGAGGAGCAUAAAAUGUGUCAUUUAUCAUUCUGACAAACCCAACGUAUGCCGGGGGAUCCAACUGUAUUCCAUGCCCAGUGAAACUGAUUGUGGAUAUUUAAUUCUGUGAAGAGGCCAGCCGUCUGCUCCCUCACCUCCUCCGUCGCCAUCCGGCUGGCUCACCGCUUCAUGUGCACGUUUUGCUGCAGAUGUCAUGUUCGGAAGCAGCUUUGUUGUGUACCAGUGGUCACCUGUUGACCGGAAGCUAACAUAGAAGCUAGUUUCCCAUUCCGUACAAAGAGCUACUCGACUGCUGUGUUUCCCGUCGGGACUGAGAGGAAUUUCUUCCUUCUCUUUUCUGCUUCACUGCAAAGUCCUGACAAGUUGCAAAGCUGCUACAGGACGGCGAUGGGAGACACGGACCGAGUGUACAUUUACACAACACGGGAGAAAAAAGCUCAUGUAUUUGUAAUUUGUACAUGAAUAAAUAUCGUUUUCUAUGAAUUCAUAUCACAGUGCACAUUAAACCCCUUGAUAAUAAA